AUGGGGGAGAUGGAGCAGCUGCGGCAGGAAGCAGAGCAGCUCAAGAAGCAGAUUGCAGAUGCCAGGAAAGCCUGUGCUGACAUUACUCUGGCAGAGCUGGUGUCUGGCCUAGAGGUGGCGGGACGAGUCCAGAUGCGGACGCGGCGGACAUUAAGGGGGCACCUGGCCAAAAUCUAUGCCAUGCAUUGGGCCACUGACUCCAAGUUGCUGGUCAGUGCCUCGCAAGACGGGAAACUCAUCGUGUGGGACACCUAUACCACCAACAAGGUGCACGCCAUCCCACUACGCUCCUCCUGGGUCAUGACCUGUGCCUAUGCCCCGUCAGGGAACUUUGUGGCAUGCGGGGGGCUGGACAACAUGUGUUCCAUCUACAGCCUCAAAUCCCGUGAGGGCAACGUCAAGGUCAGCCGGGAGCUCUCUGCUCACACAGGUUAUCUCUCCUGCUGCCGCUUCCUAGACGACAACAAUAUUGUCACGAGCUCAGGGGACACCACGUGCGCCUUGUGGGAUAUUGAGACUGGGCAACAGAAGACUGUGUUUGUGGGACACACGGGUGACUGCAUGAGCCUGGCUGUAUCUCCUGACUUCAAACUCUUCAUUUCGGGAGCCUGUGAUGCCAGUGCCAAGCUCUGGGAUGUGCGGGAGGGGACCUGCCGUCAGACUUUCACUGGCCACGAGUCGGACAUCAAUGCCAUCUGUUUCUUCCCCAAUGGAGAGGCCAUCUGCACGGGCUCAGACGAUGCCUCCUGUCGCCUGUUUGACCUGCGGGCAGAUCAGGAACUGACUGCCUACUCCCAUGAGAGCAUUAUCUGCGGCAUCACGUCCGUGGCCUUCUCCCUCAGCGGCCGCCUGCUCUUCGCAGGCUACGAUGACUUCAACUGCAAUGUCUGGGACUCCAUGAAGAACGAGCGUGUGGGCAUCCUUUCUGGUCAUGAUAACAGGGUCAGCUGCCUGGGGGUCACAGCUGAUGGGAUGGCUGUGGCCACUGGUUCCUGGGACAGCUUCCUCAAAAUCUGGAACUGAGGAGGCUGGAGGGAGCUGCAAUGCCAUGAAGACACUCAGCUGCCACCUUCCCCUUUCCAGUCGUUUUCAGGUUUUCUCUUCUGUAU